AUGACCGACGAAACAUCCAUAUCUACAGAUAUUUCAUUACCAUCUCAUCUGACUGAUAACUUAAUUAUCAUUUGGUUGGAUGCCUAUUUUCAAGGUUUCAAUAACGAUGCAAAAAAUGCGAUUGUUCAACUUCAAAAUAUUGUCGAUUGUAUCAAAAUAUUUACUGAUGCUGAUGAAUGUAUUGGUUUUGUUCAUGAUAUUAAAGAUAAAAAAGUAUUUAUGAUUAUGUCUAAUACUUUCUAUCAAUACUGUGUUCUUUUUCUCCAUCUUAUCGAAGAAAUGGUUCAAAUUUAUUCGAUCUAUAUCAUUGGUGAUUAUCAAUCAAAAUCUGAACAACAUAAAAAACUAAAAGGUGUAUUUACUGGAAUUGAAUAUAUAUUUGAUAUGUUGAAACACGAUGUUCAUCAAUGCAAGAGCGAUCUCGCAUUCACUAGUAUUGAUCCUAUCAAUUUCGAUAAACUUGAUUCAUCGCAUAUGUAUUCUAAAUUACUCGUAGAAAUUAUUUUAAACAUUCAAUAUAACGAAGAAGCUAAGAAGAUAUUUACCAAUUACUUGCGUAAGGAAUACGCUAGUUUUCGUUCAAACUUGAAAAUGAUUGACAAAUUCGAAAAAAAUUAUAAAGAUUAUUCACCCAUUCGGUGGUAUGCAACAGAACCCUUCCUCUAUUCAUCUAUCAAUAGAGCUUUAAGAUUAUUAUUAUCCGUUUCAAAAUAUAAUGUCCUCCACUGUUUUUUGAAUAACUUUUCAUAGGAACAUUGUAGAGACCUGCGGUUUUCGUCAUUCGAGAGAGGACACCGGGG